CGUUCUCGCGAGAGUUGACGCCGAGCAGUCAUGUGACAGUCCAAGAUGGCGGCGCCCAGGGAGCUGGACGAAGAGUCGCCGGUUUACCUGGUGGUGAGUGGGAUCCCGGCUGUGUUACGCUCGGCUCAGUUACGGAGCUACUUUAGCCAGUUCCGGGAACAGCGCGGCGGAGGCUUUCUGUGUUUCCACUACCGGCACCGGCCCGAGAGGGGGCCUCCGCAGGCGAGUCCCGACGCGGCCCGAGCUGCCCCCGAGCCUGCUGCUGAGGAUCCGGUUCUCGCCCGGGCUGCAGCCUCCGAUGCCCGCGCCGUGCCCGCCCGGGACUCUGCUGCGGUGCAGACUCGCACCUGCUGCUGCAUCGUCUCGGUGAAGGGAGCGGCGCAAGCUCAGCGGCUGCUUCGCAUGUACUCGGGUCGCCGGUGGCUGGACUCUCAGGGGACCUGGCUUCCCGGUCGUUGUCUCAUCCGCAAGUUGAGGCUACCCACUGAGACUUCAGAUCUGGGGUCCUUUCCCUUUAAGACCCGGAAGGAGCUACGGAGUCGAAGGGCGGUGAAUGAAGCUUUUACUCUGGACGACCUGAGGCAGCUCCCGGAGCUGAAUCCACCAGUGCUGAUGCCUAAUGGCAACGUGGGUACCCCUCUGCGGGUCUUUUUAGAGUUGAUCCGGUCCUGCCGUCUACCACCUCGAAUCAUUACCCAGCUACAACUCCAGUUCCCCAAGACCGGCUCCUCCCGGCGCUAUGGCAAUGUGCCCUUUCUGUAUGAGGACUCAGAGACUGUGGAGCAAGAAGAGCAUGUGUACACAGCAGAAGGGGAAGAGAUCCCUCAGGGAACCUGCUUGGAAGAUCCAGCCGCAAGCUCCUUCCAUGAACCUGAGAAUGAAGGGCAGCAAGAGGAAGAGGAGUCUGGCUCAGAAGAUGACGAUGACCGGGGUGAGGAGUGGGAGCGACAUGAAGCUCUACAUGAGGAUGUGACCGGGCAGGAGCGGACUACAGAGCGGCUCUUCGAGGAGGAGAUUGAGCUCAAGUGGGAAAAGGGGGGCUCUGGCCUCGUGUUCUACACCGACGCUCAGUUCUGGCAGGAGGAGGAAGGCGAUUUUGAUGAGCAGACAGCCGAUGACUGGGACGUGGACAUGAGUGUCUACUAUGACAGAGAUGGUGGAGACAAGGACGCCCGUGACUCUGUCCAGAUGCGCCUGGAGCGGAGACUCCGUGAGGGUCAGGAAGAUGGCUCUGUGAUAGGUCGCCAAGUCGGUACCUUUGAGCGCCACACCAAGGGUAUUGGCCGGAAGGUGAUGGAGCGCCAGGGCUGGGCUGAAGGCCAGGGCCUGGGUAGCAGGUGCUCUGGGGUGCCUGAGGCCCUGGAUGGGGAUGGCCAGCACCCUAGAUGCAGGCGUGGAUUGGGAUACCAUGGAGAGAAGUUACAGCCAUUUGGGCAACUGAAGAGGCCCCGUGGAACUGGCUUGGGGCUCAUUUCCACAAUCUAUGAUGAGCCUCUGCCCCAAGACCAGAGGGAGUCCUUGCUCCGGCGCCAGCCACCCACCAGCAUGAAGUUUCGGACAGAUACGAUUUUUGUGAAGGGUUCUAGCUAUGCCUUGGACAGACCUUCAGAGCCUGAGUGAGCCUAAGUCCUUGGCCAGGAUCACUCUGCUGCAGGGACAUAGCUCUCUACCCGGAUCUUGCCGUGUGGACCUUUGAAGCAGCCAAGAGCCUGGGAGUAGCAGUCUGUGUAGCAGGCUCACUGUUUCUCUACCUCAAAGAUGAUUUCACAAAAAGCCCUUCUGGCCAGGCGGUGGAGGCACACGCCUUUAAUUGGGAGCCAGAGGCAGGUGGAUUUCUGAGUUCGAGGCCAGCCUGGUCUACAAAGUGAGUUCCAGGACAACCAGGG